GGAGGCGGAGGUGAGCGGUCUUACUAGAGUGUUGUGAGGCACCAGCUGGAGGCGGCCUCGGCCUACUAGUCUACACGUCCCUGGGAACUGGCGGUCCUGUAAUGGCAGCACCUCUCUUGUCUUCCCUGGUAUGAGGCAUACUGCAGGUGAAGGGAAGAAGUUGCACCAGAAGUACAAUGUCAGAUUCCGAUGCGAUUGUCCGCAUCUCUGUUGCGCGUAUGGCAGUGAUUACUGUCUCCUUGCCCCUAGGAGCCUUUUUUCUCUGUAUAUAUUUGUCUUUACGGUACAACUUUGAUGUAUCGACUGCUACCCAUUGUGGGGUUCCAAACUACCUGCCAUCAAUAUCCUCAGCAAUUGGAGAGUUUGUUCCUCAACGGUACAUAUGGAGAGCUGCAAUUGCUGUCCACUCGGCUCCUCGAUUUCUUAUUGCCUCAAUGUAUUACUCCUUUAUGCAACGCAUUCUGCCUAAUGUUGCCUUUUAUCAAAAAGCAGUGAAAGUUAACUCAUUCCUAAAUGUUGUUGAAAACGUCGCUCUUCUCAGUCUUUCAUUUGUCUCGUCCAAGGAAAACUAUGAUAUUCACAAAGUAUCGUUUAUCAUGUUCAUGGUGUGUAGCGAGUUGUACAUGGUGCUUACUUGCCUGCUACUUAAGGAUAAUACAAGAAGAUUCAAUUCUCCUCUAGAACGACUUGCUUUUAUUAAAAAGAAACAACUGAUGACUGCUAAUUUGGCAUGUUUCCUUGUUGCGCUCUACUUCUUUUAUCGUCACAACACAUACUGUGAACCGGGAAUGUAUUCAGUGUUUGCUCUUUUGGAGUACUUAGUGGUUCUUACCAACAUGGCUUUCCACAUGACUGCUUAUUAUGAUUUCCAUAAUCACGAACUUAUUGUUGGUGAGUGGAAAACAGCCAGCAGUUGACAAUCAGUGUGAGGAGGGACAUAACACGAUAACUGAUCCACCACAUACAUGGUGCACUAUAGGGCAAAGUGGUUGGAGUUAAGGAUUUCAAUUAAAGUUAAACAAAUGCAUUUGAUACUAUACAGGUUAAUUUGUUAUCAACUCAUAAUGUCUGGUAGUUUUCUUGCUGAUCAAAGACCCCUUCCAGAAAUUGUAAUUAAUGGCAAGAGAAUCGGACAUCCAUUGCUCUUUUGCUAUUACACUUUGGGUGGAAUAUUUGUCAUUAACCUGGAUUGUAAUCCUUAACUACUUAUGGAGGGAAGCGAGUGUGAUGAGAGGUCUUGUAUAGGCACCUACCAUGGGUACCGAUAUUACAUUCAGUAAGCAGCGUCAAAGUCAUUCCUUUGGAGCUUAAAAGCUAUAUGAUUGCUGUUUUUCUUUAUAAGGUAAUAAGAUAAUUAUGGGGCAAGGUAAAAAUAUACACUUAAGCAGUUAAUAAAUCAUUCAAUACUUGCUAUUACUGUGAUAGUAAUAUAAAUGUUGAUUUUAUACUGACUAUAACCAUAAGUAAAGGGGGCGGCCUGAAGCUCAUAAGCUUGAACAUAAUAAAAGAUCUUUAAUUUGCUUUUAUCUUGUUUUGAGCAAGUGAUGUAACGUUAAACUUGACACAACAUGAAACUUCAUUAAGGGCAUUCAUAUUUGAUACGAUGAAGUAAAGAUAUUGAGAAAUGCUCGUCAAAUUCAAGUAAAUUGUAUUUGUUGAACUUUUAAAACCUUUUCUAGCUUGUAUUUGUGAUAACUUUAAGCUGCCAUCAAUGCCUCAGGACUUGUAUCAAUAUACAGUAGUAUUGAGUAGCAUAAAUUAGAAAACAUAAGUAGGUAGUGCCUAAGUAUUCCAAAUGCUCACAUACCCUCCUUCAUGUCCUAUAGUAGCUGUGUUUGGCAAGCUGAGCAGGAAGAAAACUUAUUAUGUUGUAUAAUUUACUGAGAAAUUAAGAAAGAUAUUAACUAUAGAAUCAACAUUACUUUAAAUUAAUGAACUAAAACAAUAGUUUUAAAUUUGUUCAUUGUCUUCCUGCUUGGCAGUGGUUGGUGUAACCUUCAAACUCGGUAGUCUGUAGUGCUCAAAAGUGCCGCUAGUUCAUCAUGUAGUCCUAUUGAACCCAAAAUUUCAUCAUCCACAAUGUUAGCUUACAUGCUUAAUAUAAUUUAUGGGCAUAUGACUAUUGUGUGUAACAUUGUAGGCAUACAGAAUUAACAUGUGACAAGCAUAAAUGCAAGACAUAGAAACUGGACAUAGUAAAUGUGUUAAACAGUAAACAGAUAAACAUUAGAAGUGCACAGAAAUAUUUGGAGGGCACUGAAGUAAUCAUUGCAUUUAUAGGUGAAGCGCAUCAGUGUGAUUAUUCUUAUAAAAUUUAAGCAAAUGAGAAUUUUUGCAAUUUGUAAUUAAGAUGUUUGAUGCUCCCUACUAUUUUAACAAACUCACUAGCAGUAGUUACCUUUUGUUUCCAUGCAUCUAUUAAAGUUUAAAUUUAUUUACUAAUGUACGGUUGGUUUCGUGCAACUUGACUGGAUAGUGCAUGUAUAGGAGGGGUUGGUGCAUGUAUGGACUAGUACAAGUGCCGGAGUGUUAAUGUAGGUGCCUGUAAGUUCAGGCAUGUUAGGUCUGGUCAAAUUUUGUCCAAUAUGCUGAUGACUUUGAAAACACAUUCCCACUCCUGUACCUUACUAAGGCAGUUUUAGUUUCUAGAGUAAGAUAGAGAAAAUGUUUUCAUGAUAUUCUAGUCAGGUUUCUCCUUGUUAAGGUUUAUAAAUUGAGCUAGAGUGUUCAUAACUAGAGAAAGUAGUUUGGCAAAAAACAUCAGUUUAAAAAGAUGACUACUGCUAUGUGUUUGAUUUUUUGUGCUGCUGCUUCAGUGUUCCCAUUUUAUUUUAAGAAAAUUUACUUUAUGCAAAAUAAAAUUCUUUGCGUAUAAAUAUAUAUACAUAUAAGAUAUGCACCAAAUAUUCUACGCACUUUAACAAAUUUGUGCAUGUGAGGAUUUCAUCUUGAAGAAAAGGUUUUUGUCUAAAUUUAUUCUAUCAGCAGUUUAUUGUGCUAGUAUGUCGGGUCACUUGAGUUGAAGGUACACGUUGUCGAGUUAUGUUUCUCUUCACGAGUCCGUAUGAUAAGUUAAGGUGUGUUGUAGGUGGACACGAGAUGAUGGGCAAUCGCUGGUCCACCUGGAGAAAUAAGACAUUUUUUUAAUUGUAUAAAUCAAUUUUGCUGUGUUAGACAAUCAUGCCUGACCAAAUUGGUUGUAAUAGAGCUUGUUGUUAAAUAUCCAGUAGUUAACAAUAUUUUAUUAAGGUCAUUUUUAACAUUCUUUUGGACAGAUAUUUAUAGGUGAUUGGUUUCAUAAACAAUAGCAUCAUUGGUCGUCUGUUUUAAUGUGAGACCAGCACUGAACUCCAGAGUUGGGACAAGGAGAAUAGUUUUAUUUUUAAUAUGACAGUUUUUGUGGAGUGGUAUUGUGAAAAAGUGUGAAAGUAGAAUUCUAAAUUAUAUUGAAGCUCUAGCAAUAUUUACUUAACAUGGAUACAGUAUAAUAAAAUACUGUAGGUUAUUAAUUAUAUUCUUGUACAUAAUGGUAGGAUCUUAAAUUAUUUAGUUUAUUAUAUUACCAAAGGCUUUGUGCAAGUUGUAGAAUAGUAUUUAUUGUAUAUGUGGGAAUGUACAAGCAAAUCAGAUUUAUGGGUUUAUUUAAUUUUGUGUUGGAAAAUAUUUCUACCCAGUAUACUAUGCUCUCUUUAUUGGAUGUUGGUCAAUUGCUGUCAGCAGAAAUGUAAAGAGAAACCCAACCCAAGACGAGCCUUUACUGCAGACAUUCCACUUGGCAUAAGCUAUAUCCAGUUUAUAGCAACAUACACUAAAGCCAAGUGCUUUUACGGUAGAGUAUACCCCAGUGCAGCAUGUGGGAGGUGGUGCAGUUAAAGGGUGACACACAUUUUCCUUGCCACUAAGGAACAGUGACCAUCUGGCCCAUAUGAGGCAGGUAUUACUUAUAUCUACCCUAUUAUUAUUUAUAUCUACCCAAUCCUAUAGAUCGACGGGAUCUAUAGGAUUGCUAUACGGUAAGGAAAUCAUUUGCAAACAUCAUUAAUUUUCUUUUAAGCAGUUCAGUAUAUGACUUCCAUUAAAAAAAAAAAAAAAGUAUUGCAUAAUUUUUGUAAUUGAUGUCCCCAGCAAAAACGUGACCCACUCACAGUACAGGUACUGUAGCUAUUUAUGGCAAGUCUUUAGUCCGACUUAUUGCCACAAACUGAGGCAGAAGGGUACAUCUGCCUCAUUUAAUUGAAUAUUUGUGAAUUGGCCAUGUUUUGAAAUUACCAUAAUUGGCAGUUUACUCUUAUCCUGCCCUCCUCAACGGCGUGGCGGACUGACCCCUUGACCGAGAGAAUGUCAACAGUAUGUCACUACAAAAAUGCUUCUGGGCAGAGUCGUGCUUCAGACAAGUGUUAUGGAAAUACAGUAAAUAAUUAACCCCCCCCCCCCCCCCCCACUUCAUCUGACCUCGUCGUUCAGUCUGCCUUCUUCCCCCUGUUGCAAUGGGGAGUAUGGUAUGGUUACUGUAUGCACUAUUGUAUUUGGUGUAUUUUUCAAUAAAUUUGAUGAAGGCUCGUACAAUAAAGGCUUUUUCUUGUGCAGUUCAUAUUCUUUGAAAAUAAGUUGUGACAAUAUGAAUUUUGUUAAUUAAUUUUGACAUUCCAUCUGAGAUGAAGUAGAAAAUUUUUUGAUUUGCUUGUACGGUUAAAAUUGUGACUUCAGGGAAAGUCAUAGUAAAGGGUACUGGGCAAAGAGGGUGUGUGCAUGAUCCGGUGCACUGUAUAAUAUGCAUCUUGAUUAAUAAUUUUCUUACUCGAUUAUUUGUUUAGCUACAGUUAUGAUGAUCAAUUUUAAAAAGAUUUGAACAAUGCAUGAAUUGUAAAUUUCCUUUACCAAAAAAUGUCAAUGUUCCUUCAGUGUUGCUGUAGUGCAUGCAUACAGCAUGUUUGACAAUUAUAAAAGGUAUCACUUAUUUGUUGACUUCUUUGGAAGUACCUCAGGCUAGUACUUGGUAUUUGAGUGCUUUUAAGUCCUUGGAUGCUUUUUUGUGUAGGUUUUCUCAGUUGUCUUUAGUUGCUAUUUAUUGUCUUCAGCUUUCGUCAAGCAUAGAUGCUGCAGCCAAUAACUAUAUUGUAAUUACUUUAUUUCAGAUAUUCUUAUUUAUAUACGAAUCUUCUGAGCGUGGUUCUUUCCUUAUAUAACUACUUAAUUUAUGUACAAUAUAGAGAUGCUGUGAAAUUGGUUUUGUUUGUUAACAAUGUUCCCAUUUCUACUAAGCCACCAAAUUUAAUUUUCUUGUGCAUAAUGCAGCCAUUCCAUUAUUGCAUUUGUUAGACUAUUGCCAUUUUUAGAAUGUCAAAAUCUAUCCUUGUUUAUGAUGUAGCGGAGACCAUUCCUUUAGCAUGCUAUAAGAAAAUGACAAUUUCCUUGAUGCGACAUGAAUUAAUGCGUCUCUAGGAAGCUUUAAUUUGAUGCACACUUAAUAAGAAUUCAUUAUCACAUGUACAUUGUGUGUAAGUAGAAUGAAGAAAAGAUUAUAAUUGAGGGUAGGACAAUUCUAAUUGCUAUUACAGAACCCAACAGAAAAUGUUAUAGGUUAUCAAACUGCAGUAUAGUAAUCUCGUGCAUUCCUUCAUUCUGUCUUGUCUGCUUGCUUGCUUGCUUGCUUGCUUACAUGAUCAUCCUGGUUGACUUCAUGAAUGUAGUUGUGGCUACUGUUUUUGUUUGACAUAUGAUCUAAUGAUUUUUGUGUUUAAUUUUAAGGUUUUUAUAAUUUCUGGUCCAUUUUUAUUGACUUUCUAUUUGACUCUCUGCAGACACAUUGUUAGUAAAUAAUAAAUUUGUUAACUGCAUCAGACACGAUGUUUUAUGGAUACUGACUUGUCUUUGUAGUACUGUACCUACAAACUCGUUAGAAGAUUUUGCACCGAUUUAAUUGAAUUUCCUGACUGCUUGUAGAGUAAAAAUAAGAAAUCAGUAUGGCUUGUUGACAAAUACAGGUUAAUAUGAAAAUAUGGACCCAAAGAGUUCAAAUAUAUAAUAGCAGCCUACACUGAAAUGUGUUGUAGCUACAGGCACCAAAUGGGACACUGCUGUGAUUACUAAUGUUAAAAGAACAGUGCCUGUUUUUCUCCAUGUAGAAGUUCUUCCAUUCUUGAUUGAAUCCAAACAUUUUAAUGUAUAUUGAAAUGUAAUUAAAUAUAAAUGGACCAACCAUCACAUGUCUGGUAGCAGGUGUUUGCUUCUCAGACUGACUUCAAGACAAUAUUUUACAAUUUAGAAAUGUGACUAUUUAAACCAAGAAUAAUGUUAAUAUUUACUGUUCAGGAUGUGGUUACAUUCAGUAUUUGGACAACUUGCAUCUUGGCUAUUCAGGACUUGAAGGUAUUUGAAACAUGAUGAUUACUGUUCACUUGUUCUCUCUCUCUUCUUGGGCAGUAUGUAUGGACUCAUUAACACCAUACCUCUGUUCUAGGUCACUGCUAUCUUGUUCCUUUUGGGCGCUCUCUCUCGAUACUGUCUUCGUUUUAAUAUUAAUAAUUGGUGUAUGCCGUCUACUAAUUAUUAUAAUACUGUUGUUGCAGAUUAAGCAUAUUUUAGCUGUGCAUUAUAUAAAGAUUAAUUUGCAGCAUACAGUUUAUACAUACUGAAUUAUAAAGACAACUUAUUACUAAUGAUAUUCCAAGUUACUGUAUAAUGGUAGUCAUUAUAUUACCUUUGAUUAGUUUUGCUAACAUUUUAGUACACAUCCAGUUCUUCAGCUGCUGAGUGAGUGACUUGCAUAAGGAUUCCAUGAUGUGCUUUUUUUUUUAUUUAAAAUAAAACUCGCUAGGCUUCAGACCAAUGAGCAAUUUUAAUGUGCCAUAUAGAGUACUGUACUUCUUAUCAUGGUUUAUGCAUCAUACUUGCAAUAAGUUCCUUUUCAUUCUUGUAUAUUAUCACUGCUCAAGUAAUGUGGCAGUAGAGUAAGCACUUGCAUAUGUAGACAUUGUCUUGAUUAUCAGAACAUGCAUUAUCAAGAACAUUAACCAAAAUAAAAGCAAUUGCCAUGUAUGCUUAUUCCCAAAAACAAUGCAGACGAUAAGUCACAAUAACAUGGCUGAAUAUUAGAUGCCCAACCCACAAAUCUGAAAAUGAAGAAUUGACAACGUUUCGGUCCAUCCUGGACAAUUAUAAAGUUGCCUACUUAAUACUGUUCGACAACUAGAUAAUAGUCCACGACAGACUGAAACGUCCUCGGUUCCUCAUUUUCAGAUUUGUGGGCUGGGUGUCUAAUAAAGAAUAUUGACUAAAACGUGAAAGUAAUUGUUACAUAGUUAUCAUUAUGAACAACGCAUAACUUUAACCCUUAAACAGUGCAAUACGUAUAUGAUGGGAGCAACUCGCAAAACAGCACAAAUCAUAUAUAUAUGAUUUGCGUAUUUAAAAAGUUAAGUCCUGCACAUACAUAGAGCUCCCAUCUGCUUCCUCAGACCACAGUAACCAUCCUCCAUCUUUAAAAAAAAAUAUCCCGAGUCCCUCACUUUCCCUCUAGGGCCUUUGUGAGAAAAUGGUGACCUUUGCUUGGCAAUAUCACCAUCCAGUGUCUGAAUGUUUAGGGCAGCCAUAGAGGAGACACUAAACUUUUAGCAACAGCAAAUGAGUGAUUACCAUGUAUAUAUUUGAGGCAAAAUGUGUGCUAUAUGCAAUUUUAAGAUUUAAGCUUAAAAUAUAUAUAUAUAUACCUGUACAUGUAUUAUUAUGAACAAGUAUGUGGGUGUCUUUUAUAUCUAUACUUGUAUAUCCAUACAUACUUAUAUUUUCAAAGUUUUACAUAAUAGACAGUAACUUUGACACACAAAUACAACCCGUUAGGAUGAGAAACUAAAAAUAGAGAAACAAUGAAAAUAUAUCAGUUAUUCCUAUGCGGCACCUCAACUAAAAAUAUGCAACUUCUCCAGGCUACUACAGCUAAACCACAAGAGCUAGAGACUUUUUAUUUUCAUUUUUGUGCUUCCUGAAGGCUAAUUAACAAUGUCAUAAGACUAAAAAAUUCAGAACAAUUUUUUUCUCGAGUGCCCUGGGGGAUGUUUGCUAUUUAACAGUUAGCGGUUUAAGGGUUAAUAGUGUAAUUUAUUAUGAAACAGAUGUGCAAUUGGACAUGGUAGAGAGAGUUUGUGUUCUUGGUAAUAGAGCUGUUAAUCUAUCUGAAUAAUAGGUCUCUUCUGUUUCUUUUAUGAGGCCUGUGAAGUCAUCACUGUUGUUGUUGGGGUGAAUGUAUUGUACUGCAUUGGUUUAGUAAAUAAUGUAGAAAUAUGAUUUGCUUGAUAGAAAGAAAGGUACAGUAAUUUAUGUGUGUUAUUUAUAAACUAAUUUUGUUUAGUUGUCAAUAGUUUUGUUUUGCCAUUAGUGAACAGUGUUUUAGAGUUAGUGCAGUAAUAUUAGUAAGUCUUGAAAUCUAUAAGUUAGUUUAAUGCAAACAGAAGAAUAGCUGAAACUGCAUUACAUUCGAAUGUCAUUGUUGAAUACAGUAUACCCAUAUGUUAUGAGGAGGAUUUUUUUUUGGAUCGUUUUGCAGUAUCUUAGAAAGAUCUUUGUUACCAGUAGAGAGUGGCAUUUACUUGGGAGUGCAACAUUUUGUUUUAAAUCUUGUUGCUAAAUUUCAUUAAUGUUUUAUAUAAGAGAUUCUUUUGUAUUGGUUCAUUAUAGGAAAUGUUAUUUAACCUUGAAUAUAGGAAAAAUUAUUAUUUUUUCACUAUGAGGAUUAAGUAUGUUGGAAUUUUCAAACUUUUUGUCUUGGGUAAGUCAUUUUACAAGUGCCAGGGGUUGGAUGUUCUUAACAUUGCAGUACUCUAUAAGGAAAUGAAUCUCAACUGCACUAAGAUAAAUUUGAUAACUUUGUUAGGUUGGCUGUAAAGUAAAUGCAGUUUUCUUUAAGGUUAUAUGGUUUACAGUACUGUGUACCAGUGUCAGUUCUCAUCUGCUGCAACUUUGCAGGAGUUGCAAUUUAACAGCUUGGUAGUGCAAUUUUAGUUUUCAGUUUUGCAGGCUAAUUACUGGGUAUAGAAAUAUUUUGAGUACAACAUAAUUAAUAUUGUUUUUCUUUAUACUGUACAGUAAUAGUUGAGAUAUUCUCAUGCAAACAAAAUUGCAGUAGUAGCAUAUCUGAGUCGUAAUAUACUUUUCCCCCACAACUUGUGUACGCUAAUGCAAAACUGAACCUGGAAUUUGGAAUUUUGGCUAGAUCCUGAGGUCCAUAAGCCGGAAAAUAUAAAGCAGCUGUUGUGUGUAAAUCUGUUAUGACCAGCUGUUAGGAUUAUAUUUUACAAUAUGUAAAGUGUUUUCAAAUGUUUCACGACUUAAGAGUAAACAUGUCUACAAUACAAAAAGUGUUAUGUCAUGUGACAUUUAAAUAUUUUGAGCAUAUAGUACUAAUUUGCAAGUUUUUAUUGGGUCAUGUUAAAUAUCCUAUGAUCAAAAUAAAGUAGCUCAUUUCUUAGAUUUUUUUUUUUUUUUAGAAAUAAUCCAAUGAUCCAGAAAAGAGAUUUACAUUUUUUAAUUUUGUUCUUGAGCAUUAAAUAGAAUUUCAUUGCGUGUUUGCUAACGCCACAAUAUUUGUUUUUAGGUGUUCAGUACAAUAUUACAUGGCCAUAAGUGCAUCAGCUCACUUCACUCAAUGUUUAUAAAUAUUUCUCAAUUAGCAAUAGUAAUACCGUAUGGUUAAACAAGUGAAUAGACUCGGCUCCGAAGGUAGGAUUGGUAGACUUUCAGGGUUCUGUAAGCUUGCCGUCCAUUGCUCCUGACCUUUGUCAGUCAAAGACAAAUAUUUCUCUCCAAGCCUUGUAGUACAUUUGGCUUUAGUCUUCUUUUCCUGUAGUCUAGAAGACAACUUUUUAGUGUUUCUAUAAGACAUAUUUAACAUGUUAAGCUAAUAGAAUCAUACUGGUUUAAUUCUUCUUGAUUAUAAUUUGGAGAGGGUAAUUGAGGAGUUAAUGUAUUUAAGAUAUUUCUUAAUAUAGCGAAGCUAUUUCUUAAUAUAGAAAACUGCCUAGUAGUAUACAGUUUUUGCUUAAAAUUAUUUAUUUUUACUACUGUCAAAACAGUGGUGGAAGAUUUUAAAUAAUUACAUAGUGUAGGGCUAUGUACACUAUCUGCAAUCACCAUUGCAUGUGAUAAGAAGGAUGCCUUGGGUGAUGCCGACACUCUUUAUCAUAGUAGCUUUGUAAGAAUAUAUUCAGUAAGGCCACAGUAGUAAAGGUAUGUAGUAAAAUUAGUUAAUUCGGUGUACUGUAUUGUUCAUUAACACUGUUAUCUAAAAUUCUUGUCUACCGUUUUUUUAUUAAAGCCAUAUGAAGUACCUCAAUGUUCUUUUAUUAAAAGUUGAAAAAUACUGUGUAAUGAAUUACGAUUUUACCGACAUACCAUUUAGACUAUAUAUAUGCCUUACAUUUUAGGGUGAUUAAUGAUGAAUAGUCUAAUCCUAUUGAUCUCUAAUGUCUGGUCACUUUAAUAUGAAGCUUGGGUAUGUGAUAUAUAUUACAGGAAUAUAUAUCUAUUUCUCUUAUACACUCUUACAAUCUGUCAACUUAGGUUAACUACUUUAUUUAAAAAAAUAUUGUGAAUUUUUAUGUACCUGGUACUCUAUUUUUUGGGCAAAUGUAUUGCAAAAUUCUUUAUUUCAAUAUCCUUUGUCACUAUAAACACAUUUUAAGUGAAAAAUGCUGAGUUUUGGUAUGCCUCUGAGAAUUAUUGACAAUCAUACUCAUCUUCCUUAUUACUGAAACCUUUUUUUUAUGAUUGGCAAUAAAAUUGCCUUCUGUUUGACAUACGUUGUAUAGGAGGAGACAUUGACAAUAAGAAGCUGUUUUCCAUGUACUGUUAUUUAAAUACAUAUCUGCUUGCAUUUAUGCAGAAAUUCUGCUUUACAUGAUUUAACAUUACAAAAUGAAAAAAAACACAUUGAAAUGUAAGUAAUAUUUUCUUUUCUAGUAUGCUUUCAUAUAUAUUAAUUUUAAUGUCAUUAUACAGUAUGUUCAAACAUAAGUUCUAUAUAUAAUGGGACUAUAGAAGGCUAGAAUUUGUUGCCAUAAUUAUUUGUAAUACAUCCCUGCUUCUUAGUUGUACAAGAUUCUGUAUUUGUAAUUUUCAAAUCAAAGCCUUAACCCUAUAGCUGCAACUACUGACAUCAUUCGAUUGAGGUUAGGAGCGAGACCACCUUAUUGUGAUGGUUUUCAGACACUCAUAUUAACCCAGUGUAACUUGAAGCAUGCAUUGGAGGAGGGCUGGGUGUGCACACCUGUUGGUUCCCCUGGUGUGCCGCCACACUCCUGGGUAGUAACACAUUUGUAGUGUCACUACCUGGGGGGCACGUGCUCCAUGCCAUCCUCAUAUUAUAAGAUGCUCCAGGUAGUUAGCUUGUGUGUGCCAUUCUGAAACAAAGGGUCCAAGUCGAUUCUGCUUAGCAGUCAUUCCUCAUGAUUUUGAAUGAAAUGUACAUUACACGAGUCACCGCUGAUGAUGACGUUCCAGCUUUAUCUAAAUGUAGCAUCACUUGGAAUAGUCAUUGUACAUUUCCGAAAAUUACCUCGCAUCAGCAAGCAAACUAUAAAGCUAAAGGGUUACAAAUAAUUCUUAUUUUGAGUACUGUAAUUAGAUUUUUUUUGGUUGCUGAAUAUUUUCACUUGUUUUCACAUUGGUUAUUCUGAACUUAUGGUAGCUCUUGUGUUAAUUUCCAACCCAUGCUUGUCCUCAAUGGGUUAGUGAGCAUCUUGGUGUGUAUUAUUUCUGGUAGAUAUUUCUUAUUAAACUGUAUCGCAUUUCUCUCAUCUUGUGUAGACUGACUGUCCUAAUACAGGAGAAUCUUACUGUUAA